ACGUACACACUGGCUGCUAUUUCGCUCGGUUUGAAGUGAGAGGGGAAGACGACGGGAACCAGUGAGCAGCAAAUCCAGCUAUUUUAUGUUGCUGUUUCUGAGCCGUCAAGUUUCUCUCUCGCACCAAGAAAUCCCAUCCUGCCCUCGAAGCCUGUUUCUUUGCUCCUUUGCCCCGGAUAGCGAGUAGACCCAUUAGCUCGGUGUUGUACUCUUUCUGCUGACGCUUCCAGCCCGACCCGAGUCAGCCAGCAUGCCUGAGAGGAGGCCCUUCGUGCGGCUGCCUACUGACGUUUACCCCGUUAACUACGCGCUGUGUCUGAAGCCCGACCUGAUUGACUUCACUUUCGAGGGCAAGAUGGAGGCAGAGGUGGAAGUUAUUCAAGGGACAAAUCAAAUUGUGAUGAACUGUGCUGAUAUAGAUAUAAUCACUGCAUCUUUUGCACCAGAAGGAGGAGAAGAAAUUAGCGCUACGGGGUUUAACUAUCAGAACGAGGAUGAGAAAGUCACUUUGUCCUUUCCCAGUGCUCUUCAGAAAGGGUCCGGUAUGUUGAAGAUUGACUUUGUUGGAGAGUUGAAUGACAAAAUGAAAGGUUUCUACAGAAGUAAAUACACGGCUCCGUCGGGAGAGAUCCGCUACGCGGCCGUCACACAGUUUGAGGCCACGGAUGCUCGCCGAGCUUUCCCUUGCUGGGACGAGCCAGCGAUCAAAGCCACCUUUGACAUCACCCUUAUUGUCCCCAAGGACCGAGUAGCCUUGUCGAAUAUGAAUGUCAUCGAUCGGAAGCCGUACCCAGAGGAUGAGAGUCUUGUGGAGGUAAAGUUCGGCACUACACCCAUCAUGUCCACCUACCUGGUGGCGUUUGUCAUCGGCGAGUACGAUUUUGUGGAGAGCCAGUCGUCUGACGGCGUGACGGUCCGCGUGUACACGCCAGUGGGGAAAGCGGAGCAGGGGAAGUUUGCACUGGAGGUGGCUACUAAGACGUUACCUUUUUACAAAGACUAUUUUAACGUUCCUUAUCCGUUGCCUAAAAUUGAUCUAAUAGCAAUUGCUGAUUUUGCUGCUGGAGCCAUGGAAAAUUGGGGCCUUGUUACGUACAGGGAGACCGCUCUACUAAUUGACCCAAAGAAUUCGUGUGCGUCCUCACGUCAGUGGGUGGCCCUGGUGGUAGGGCAUGAGUUGGCACACCAGUGGUUCGGGAAUUUGGUUACUAUGGAAUGGUGGACCCAUCUGUGGCUUAAUGAGGGCUUUGCGUCAUGGAUCGAGUACCUCUGUGUGGAUCACUGUUUCCCCGAGUAUGACAUCUGGACGCAGUUUGUAUCUGCUGACUACACCAGGGCUCUGGAUCUGGAUGCUCUUGAUAACAGUCACCCAAUCGAGGUUAAUGUAGGGCAUCCCUCAGAAGUGGAUGAAAUCUUCGAUGCCAUAUCAUACAGCAAAGGUGCUUCUGUUAUUCGCAUGCUGCACAACUACAUAGGAGAUGAGGAUUUUAAGAAGGGAAUGAACACUUAUCUUUUAAAGUUUCAACACAAAAACGCAUCCACAGAGGACCUGUGGGACUGUCUAGAGCAGGCUAGCGGGAAGCCCAUUGCCGCAGUGAUGAGCUCUUGGACCAAACAGAUGGGAUUCCCCAUUAUUGUAGUGGACCAGGAGCAGCAAGGAGACGAUCGGGUGCUGAAGAUAUCUCAGAAGAAGUUCUGUGCCAGUGGACCACAUAAUGGUGAGGACUGCCCCAGCUGGAUGGUCCCAAUUAGCAUCUGUACCAGUGAGGACCCUAGCUGCUGCAAGAUGAAGGUUCUGCUGGACCAGCCUGAACUCACAGUCACCAUCCCUAACCUGGGACCAGAUAAGUGGGUCAAGCUGAAUCCAGGCACGGUAGGCUUCUACAGGAUCCAGUACAGCUCUGCUAUGCUGGAGAGUUUGCUGCCCGGAAUCCGAGAUCUUACGCUGCUCCCUGUCGAUCGCCUGGGCCUGCAGAAUGACCUUUUCUCUCUGUCUCGUGCAGGUAUGAUCAGCACGGUAGAGGUGCUGAAGGUGAUGGAGGCGUUUGUGAACGAGCCGAACUACACGGUGUGGAGCGACCUGAGCUGUAACCUGGGCGUGCUCUCAUGUCUGCUCUCCCACACCGACUACCACGAGGAGAUCCAGGAGUUCAUCCGAGACCUCUUUACCCCUAUCGGCUUAAAGCUUGGCUGGGACAACAAACCUGGCGAGGGCCAUUUGGAUGCUCUGCUGCGAGGGCUCGUGCUAGGAAAGCUGGGGAAGGCGGGACACAAGACCACGCUGGAGGAGGCUCGCAGGAGGUUUAAAGACCACGUGGAAGGCAAGCAGAUCCUCUCUGCAGACCUCAGGAGUCCAGUUUAUCUAACGGUUUUAAAACACGGGGAUAGCUCAGCGCUGGACACUAUGCUAAAGCUCCAUAAACAGGCGGACAUGCAGGAGGAAAAGAAUCGCAUAGAGAGAGUUCUGGGAGCGAUCUCGUCUCCAGACCUCAUCCAGAGAGUGUUGACUUUCUCCCUUUCGGAUGAUGUUCGUCCACAGGACACCGUGUCUGUGAUCGGCGGCGUGGCCGGGAGCAGCAAGCACGGCCGCAAAGCAGCUUGGAAGUUUGUCCGAGAUAACUGGGAGGAGCUUCAUAACCGCUACCAGGGUGGAUUCCUCAUCUCUCGACUCAUUAAGCUCACUGUCGAUGGGUUUGCAAUUGACAAAAUGGCUGCAGAAGUAAAGAGUUUCUUCGAGACUCACCACGCGCCCGCGGCCGAGCGCACCGUGCAGCAGUGCUGCGAGAACAUUCUCCUGAACGCUGCCUGGCUCAAGCGGGAUGCCGAAGACAUCCAUCAGUACCUGCUGCAGCGCAAAGCGCCACCAGUGUGACCCCCGAACUCUGCCCCCCCCCCCCAGCCUCUCCGGACCUGCUCAUUCACUCACUCCGAUCUCCCAGCAAAUCAUCGCUGCCUCAGCCAGUCCGCCCAGCAGAGAGCGAGAGUAUCCAGAUAUUAAACAGGCUUUUUUAUAUAUAUAUAUAUAU